UCCAUAGCAAUUGACAAGGAUUUCUUUUCGCAAAACCCUCACUUCGCAAAAACCCUACUCUCUCUCUCUCUCUCACUGCGAUGGCGUCGUCGUCGUUAAUUCGCCUCCGCCGCUCCCUCACAGCGCUUGCCGGCUUCCACCGCUCCUUCUCUGCGACGUCGUUGUCAGCUCCCAUCCGGUACGGCGUUUCAUCACCAUGUUGGCAAUCCCCAAAUGUGGGUUUUCAAUCCCGUUCGUUCAUGUCAUCGCCGACUUCGCUUCUAUCCAUUCGAUCCUCACAGAGAAACAUCCCCGAUGGUGAGAUUGGUCCCGAUGAGAUUCUCUUUGAGGGCUGCGACUACAACCACUGGCUCUUCGUCAUGGAUUUCCCCAGGGACAACAAGCCCCCUCCCGAACAAAUGGUUCGCACCUAUGAAGAAACUUGCGCCAAGGGCCUCAACAUCAGUUUGGAAGAGGCAAAGAAGAAAAUAUAUGCCUGUAGCACAACAACUUACACAGGCUUUCAAGCUGUCAUGACAGAGGAAGAGUCUAAGAAAUUUGAAGCUCUUCCAGGAGUUAUCUUUGUACUACCUGAUUCCUAUAUUGAUCCUGUCAACAAGCAAUAUGGAGGAGACCAGUACAUCAAUGGAACAAUCAUCCCUCGACCUCCACCAAUACAGUAUGGGAGAAAUCAAAGACGAGAUGAUCGGGGUUCCAGGCCACAGGACGGAAGAAACCACGGGCCUUCGCAAAAUUAUCCGCCUCGACAGAACUAUGGUCAAACACCACAGAGUUAUCCACCCCAACAGAACUAUGGUCAAGCAUCACAAAGUCAUCCACCCCAGCAGAACUUUGGUCAAGCAGUGCAAAGUAAUUUACCCCAGCAGAACUUUGGUAGAGCACCACAGAGUUAUCCACCACAACAGAACCAUGGCCAAGCAUCACAAAAUUUUCCUCCCCAACAGAACUAUGGUCAGUCACCACAAAAUUAUCCACCUCAACACUAUGGUCAAUCACCACCAAAUUAUCCACCACAACAGAGCUAUGGUCAUUCCCAAAAUUAUCCACCCCAACGGGGCACCUAUGAUUCUGCUUCUCAGCAAAGGUAUGCGCCACCUUCACCACAAUUUACGCAGCAGCAGAGCGCUGGACCAGCUGGUCUAGGAGAAAGGAGAAACUUUGUACCACAGCAGGGCUUUGGACAACCAGGACAAGGAGAAAGAAGAGAUCUUGCGGCCAGGGGUGUUGCUUCUGAGGCGAGGGGUAGUACUUCUACCCCACCAUACUUGAAGGAUUUCAAACCAUCAUAUAUGGAGCAGUCUCAAGAGGAUUUCAAACCAUCAUAUAUGGAGGAAUUUGAAAAGAUUGGGAAUGGAGAGGGAAGAUAUUGAUGAUAACAGUCUGAGUUAUGCUGGCUGCUUGUACUGAAGUUACUAAUAGCAUUCUUAGUUAAUUGUAUGAACUCACCAAUAUGGUGAGAGGUUGAAUAUGUUCAGUACAAACCGUAAAUUUUUGGUGCAUGUUCUGUUUCCUUGACAAAGUUUAAUAACUUGAACAUGGUAUGUAAAGUUUAUGCUAGCUGCCACCUGGUUUUACUAAGCAUGCUUUUAUUUACUGUUUCA